UCUGUGGUUAGGUGUAGUUAGUGUACGGCCUCCGAAGCAGUUCACAGUAAAGACACGCAAAUAUCUCUUGGUGAAGAGCAAUGACAAUUAUCAUCAACUACUGACGUCACUUGAGCGCGCAUCCCCUUCAAGUUUCCAUACACUGUGGUUGCCAACUCCACCGAAAAUAUAUCGAGCACGCGAUCGACUAUCGGAUCAUCCAGGCUAUAGUAUCGCACCGUCCAAAGUCACACCUCACCCAGACCAUGACAGACCAGACGGGGGCCAGAACGGCUCCGUUCUACUCCAUCCCCUCUCGUCGCAUGGUCAGCGUCGAACAUCCCGCCAUCAUCAAGAACGUUGACAGGGCCCUCGACACCCUUAGCGGCGAGGCAGGUAUCAGUCGAAUCCUCAACCCGCCCAAGGCGGACAGCCCGGCCAGCCUCUUCCUCCGGCCGGAGGAUGCCAUGUCCCGGCCGCUGAAGUCGAUCAGCUCCGCGACCAACAACGUCCUGGUCAAGGUCACGGUGCCCAAGCGGACGGGUCGCAAGCGCAAGAAGGGCUCCGACGAGCCCUUCACCGGGGUAGCCAUUACCACGGGGGAUGCGGACGCCCCGCGACGCAGCGCGCGCGAGGUGCUGCAGAGCCUUCGCGAUAAUGUCGGCAGGUAUCAAGUUGAGCCGGUGGGCAUAAUCGAGCGCACGCAUGUAUUCCGAGGGAUGCCGGACUUUGCCUUCUCGACAGCAUCAAGUGUCUUCGCGAACAAAUUUCGCGAGCAUAUCCUGCCGUUUGAUUUCGACAAGAUGAAGCAGUUCGAGCUCGACAUGACCAAAGGCAUCACCUCCAACGUCGAUAUCAUCCCCCCACCGUCAUUCAGCCACGGCGACAUGCCCUUCAAUUAUAUAUACCGCCAAAACCCUACCAUGCAAAAGUCCAUCGACACGACCGGCAAAAUUACCACAAUCAACACGCAGCGCACCGUCAAAGUCCUGACGCACCUCGUCCCCUACGACACCCCCACCGUGCCCUCGCACCCGCGCGAGGACUGCCCCCCAAUCUCCACCCUCGACCUAACCCUCCAAGAGACCAUCGCCAUCGUGCAGUCGCUCUUCGCCACGCGCCCCGCCUGGACACGCCGGGGGCUCCGCAACGCCAUCCCGACCAUCGAGAAACGCUACGCCCUGCGCCACGCCAUCCCGUACGUGGGCUACAUCUUCCGCUCGGGCCCGUGGCGCGACGCGAUCAUCAAGUUCGGCCACGACCCGCGCACCUCUCCCGAAAACCACAUCUACCAGACCGUCAUGUUCCAGAUCCAACCGCGCGACGCCGAGGUCGCGCGCGACGGGUACGUCGGCAGCGGCAGCGGCAGCGGCGCCACGAAAAGCGAAGGCGCAAGGCGCACAACCUACAUCCGCCCCAAUGAGGUGCCCCAGUUCGUCGACCCGACCUCCUCCUCCUCCUCUUCCUUCUUGGGGAACCAGCUCCAGCAUCAGUCCGGCGCCCUGCCGACGGACACUCACAUCUUCACCGGCCAGCCCCCGCUGCCCCGGGAUGGCCGCAUGUGGAUGUACUGCGAUAUUCUCGACCCGACGCUACGCAGCAUUCUCUUCCCGGGAGCUGCAAGCCCCCCCGAACAGACUCCCACAGUACCCACCAACCAGCCAACAACCACCCUCACCCCCGUAACCAACCCCUUCCCCCCGCACGGUUUCCUCCGAUCCACCUGCGACAUAGUGACGGAUGGAUGGUUCCACAACGGCACCCUGGCGAAAUUCAAAACCAUCAUGCGCCACAAAGUGCUCGCAUUACUCGACGACCGCGUCACGGACGACGCCGACUUCGCGCAGAUCCGCAGCUUGCCCGACCACGCCACCCCAGAGACCAUAAACACCGAUUUCUGGCUGGAUCCGGCCACCGCAACCCAGAAAAGCACGAUGAUGGCGACCGAGGUGCGCGCGAUUAUCAAGAGUGCGCCCGGGUUUCGGGAGCGGGCGGCGGCGGAGAAGCGGGUGAGCAAGAAGCGGGGUGGCGGAAGGAGGGGUCCGGCGGGAGCGAGGAGGAGUACCAGGGGUAGAAGGGUGCAGUUUCGGGAAGAUGUGGUUGGCGGGGAGGAGGAAGAAGGAGAAGAGGAGGAGGAGGAGGAAGAAGAGGAAGAGGAGGAGGAGGAGAACGUGGAGAUGGAGGUCGGGGAAAUGAGCGAGGGAGAGGAAGAGGCCUUCGAGAAAGAGGAGCUGUUGGAAGCCCAGGCGGCGGAGGCGGCCCAGGCGGUAUCUGCUGCUCUAGAGGAUGUCGAGGAGGCGGACGAGGAUGAGGAUGAGAGCGAGAGUGAGCCGGACGAGGACAUGGAUACCUUAAGAUGAACCGAUGAGCCGAGCUCAACAAGCAGAACGUCAAAUCACAUGAAACAAAU